GAUGGCGGCGCCCAGGGAGGCGGACGAAGAGCCGGUGGUUUACCUGGUGGUGAGCGGAAUCCCUCCGGGUUUGCGCUCGGCUCAGCUACGGAGCUACUUCUGCCAGUUCCGGGAGCGGCGCGGCGGCGGCGGCGGCUUCCUCUGCUUCCACUACCGGCAUCGGCCGGAACCGGCUCCUCCGCAGGCCGCCCCUGGCUCUGCCCAGCCCUCCACCCCGGUGCCGGCCGCUGGCGACCUGGCUGUGGCGCGCACGGCGAUCCCCGGGGGGGCCUCUGCCCAGACGCCCGCCCGCACCUGCUGCUGCAUCGUCUCCGUGCGGGGGGUGGCUCAAGCUCAGAGGUUUCUUCGCAUGUACUCGGGUCGCCGCUGGCUGGAUGCUCAGGGGACCUGGCUCCCGGGCCGCUGUCUCAUCCGCAGACUCAGGCUGCCCACGGAGGCUGCAGGUUUGGAGUCCUUUCCCUUUAAGACCCGGAAGGAACUGCAGAGUCGAAGAGCAGAGAAUGAAGCCUUCACCCUGGCCGACCUGAGGCAGCUGCCAGAGCUGAACCCACCAGUGCUGAUGCCCAAUGGGAAUGUAGGGACUCCCCUGCGGAUCUUUUUGGAGUUGAUCCAGGCCUGUCGCCUACCGCCUCGAAUCAUCACCCAGCUGCAGCUCCAGUUCCCCAAGACAGGCUCUUCCAGGCGCUAUGGCAAUGUGCCCUUUGAGUAUGAGGACUCAGAGACUGCAGAGCAAGAGGAGCAUGUGUACACAGCCGAAGGCGAGGAAAUACCUCAGGGAUCCUGCCUGGUGGAUACACUAGCCAGCCACUGUGAUGAGCCAGAGGAUGAAGGAAGAAAAGAGGAGGAGGAAGAGUGUCACUCAGAUGAUGAUGACGACCGGUGUGAGGAGUGGGAGCGGCAUGAAGCACUGCAUGAGGAUGUGACCAGGCAGGAGCGGACUACUGAACGACUCUUUGAGGAGGAGAUUGAGCUCAAGUGGGAGAAAGGUGGCUCUGGUCUGGUGUUCUAUACCGAUGCUCAGUUUUGGCAGGAGGAGGAAGGAGAUUUUGAUGAACAGACAGCAGAUGACUGGGAUGUGGACAUGAGUGUCUACUACGACAAAGAUGGUGGAGACAAGGAUGCCCGAGAUUCUGUCAAAAUGCGCCUAGAACAAAGACUCCGAGAUGGCGAGGAAGAUGGCUCUGUAAUUGGACACCAAGUGGGCACCUUUGAACGCCACACCAAGGGCAUUGGCAGGAAGGUGAUGGAGCGCCAGGGCUGGGCUGAGGGCCAGGGCUUGGGCAGUAGGUGCUCCGGGGUGCCUGAGGCCCUGGAUGGUGAUGGUCAGCACCCCAGAUGCAAGCGUGGAUUGGGGUACCAUGGAGAAAAGCUACAGCCAUUUGGGCAACCGAAGAAGUCCCGUGGAACUGGCUUGGGUCUUAUUUCCACCAUCUACGAUGAGCCUCUACCCCAAGACCAAAGGGAGUCACUUCUGCGACGCCAGCCACCCACCAGCAUGAAGUUUCGGACGGGCAUGACUUUUGUGAGGGACUCCAGUUGUGCUUUGGCCAGCGCCUCCGAGCUUGAGUGAGGCCGGCCCUCUGCCCU